AUGCGAAGCGCGACGGGCCCGUCGUGCGUUUUAAAGUCGCCGCCGAGCUGUGUCAUCGAGGGCAGCAUCACCGGCCUCGCCCCGGGCCAGCACGGCAUCCACGUGCACAUCUUCGGCGACUUCAGCCAGGGCCUCACGUCCGCCGGCGGCAUCUUCAACCCCUUCGGCAAGAACCACGGCGCGCCGGACGCCGACGAGCGCAUGACGGGCGACCUCGGCAACCUCGAGGUCAAGGAGGACGGGUCCUGCGCGGUCUACAUCGAGGACCACCUCGUCAAGCUCAUCGGCCCCCACUCCAUCAUCGGCCGCUCCAUCGUCGUCUUCGGCGGCGAGGACGACCUCGGCCGCGGCGGCCACGAGCUGAGCCUGACCACGGGCAACCCGGGGCCCCGCGUCGCCGGCGGCGUCGUCGGCAUCGCGCCGUCCUAG